AUGGAGGUUCGCCUAGCAAAAACCUUUAAGCAGAGUAUUUUGGCAGCCACUAUUGUGCAAAUCUUCCUUCCAGAAUCUGGUAGCUGUGAGAACAUAGAGAACAGUUUCCUUCCUUGUGAGGAAGCUCUAUUAUGCCACACAACAGCACCACUCCCCAAUUUUCAUAAGUUUGUGUCAGGUUUGAGGCAUCAAAGUGUUCUCUCUGCUUUCUGUCCAGAGCACCUCCUGUAUCCCUAUGGGGAAGCUGCAGGAGAUAUGAAGAACCCCAAGGCAGAUGACGGGACGUCCCCUAAGAUUCCCAUUUCAGUACCUUUCACCUUCUACGACAAGACUUAUGACAGCGUUUACGUCAACAACAAUGGGGUGGUUUCCUUUUCCGUCCCUGUCCCAGAGUACACCCCGAAAGCCAUCCCCAUGGUAGAUGGAAAGGCCUUUGUUGCCCCUUACUGGGCGGAUGCCAACAUUAUGCUAGGUGGCCAAGUCUAUUACCGGCAGACGCAGAAACCAGAGCUGCUGAGAAAUGUCACCCGGGACAUUAAUAACUACUUCCCUGAAAUCCGUUUCAAGGCCACCUGGCUCUUCAUUGCCACCUGGGACCGUGUAGCCUAUUUCGGAUCUUUGUCCAGGAAGGUAAACACCUUCCAGGCUAUCUUAUGUACUGAUGGCCAUGUUGCCUUUAUGAUGCUCAACUAUGCAGACAUCCAAUGGACUACAGGGGCAGCAAGUCAGGGAAAUCCCAGAACGGGCUUAGGAGGAAUCCCAGCACAGGCCGGCUUCAACAGCGGCGAUGACAAGAACUACUACAACAUCCCUAGCUCCCGCACUCCUCAAGUCAUCAACAUUACAAAAACUAGCAAUGUGCAUGUGCCAGGACGCUGGGUGUUCCAGGUGGACAAUUUCAUAUCGCCUGGAGACCCUGAAGAGCUUAAGCCUAAGAAAGAAGAGCCAGAAGUCCCCCAGAAAGAAGAAGACCUCCCUGAGCAAGAAGCAGGACACCUGAACCAUGAGGACACCCAGGAGGUUCCUGAAGAACAGUCACAUGUGGACAGGGAUGAGGAGGAAAGUGAUCACUGUGAAUGGUAAGUAUGAAAGCCAAGGCCUGAAGGGUUGGAACUA